UUCUUAUUUCCCCAUCGCCUUCAUCGUCGUGUUCUCGCGGAUGGAGUCGCAUGUGUUUUUCGGGGCUCCAAUUUCCGUAGAUAAGUUCUUUUCGGCUCGAAUAUUCGCGUGAAAUUUAUUCAAUCAAGUGACAAUUAAUGCGAAGCAAUAGCGGUUGAUCGAUUUUUAAGUCAACCGAAGCCGGAAAUCGGUACCUUUUUUGAUUCUAGUGGGUUCGUGCAAAAAAUUGUGUGCUGAGUACUUUUGGCAGAUCUCAGCAGUCUCCUCAGAAAUUUUCUUUUUGGUUUCGCUGUUACUUUUGAAUGGAGUCCGACCCAGAGGUAGUGCUGGUGGACAAAGUGGACGAGGACGAACUCUCGACGGAUAAGGACAGCGGAAUGGAGUCGGCAGCGAACAGCAAGGACGAUACUCCCGAACGCAAAAGCGCUACGCUUGAGGAUCUUCCCAAGGAGGAUGAGCCUGAGCCGGUACCCGUAAAACCAGUUGCAGCUUCAAAACCUCCGACAUCACAGCAGGCAGUGGUCGAGAAGAGGAGCACCGAUUGUGACAAUUAUGAUGACGAACCCGAUGAAACGCUCUCCGAACGACUGUGGGGCCUGACCGAGAUGUUCCCGGACGGCGUGCGCAACUUCACCGGCGCCGUUACCAACCUGUCCCUUACCAGUGUGAAGGUGCUGUACAAAUUUACCUGCAAUGCAUCGUGGAUCUUCUUCACCAGCUCGAUGAUCCUGUUUGCACCGGUUGUAUUCGAAGCGGAACGGGCCCAGGUAGAGGAAAUGCAAAAGACUCAACAGAAGCAGGUGCUCCUAGGUCCAGGAUCCGCUGUUGGGGCCGGUGGAGGUGGAAUCGCUGCUAUGCCUCCGAUGGCAGCCCGAUAGAUUUGGGGGGCGAUCAACUUCCUUUUUCCGGUUCAUCAUUUUAGAUUUGCACAUACAAAUAACCCAGUUAAUAAGCCAGUUAAUUAUCAUGUAAUAUUGUAAUUGAGGAGCGAAUAAAAAAAUCUUCGAAUUCGUUUCCAAACAAAAACAAUAGUCAUGCAACAUUUCUUCAUAAAGAUUGACGCCAACAGCAACUAAUAACUAUUACAGGCUAGUCUGGAAAAUGCUUGUCUUGAUGAUUUGCAGAGAAGCUUCCUUCGGGUUGCUAUCACGUUAAAACAUUUGAAACUGAGAAGAGAAUCCAAUUUAAUUUGAUUCUAUUAAAAAAGAAAGAAAAGAAACCGCCCGUGUAAUAGGGAAGAGUUUAAUAGAUUGUUGCUAAGCGCAGUGUAGUAGUCCUAUCCUAAUUAAAUGAACAAUGAAAUAAAAAAACUUUAAAUUGA